GUCUCCCCACUCACAAAGUCCCCUGUCUCUGUCGGUUCGCUACAAAAUGCACGCGCCUAUAUAUCACCACUCCCAGCCGUUCUCCUCGCUCACCAACUUUGCCAUGGACUACCCAUCACACUCGCCGCCCUAUCCCGAUGCCAUACAAGUCCACCCACCAAUGGACCCAUGCUCGUCCAAGCAGCACCAGCAGCAUACCGGCUAUUGGCGGUACCCGGUAUAUGACACCCCUAAUGGCCCUCUGGCGCCCAGAGUCACGAUUGUCUCCCAACCACCACUGUCUGCAGACCUCGACACACCCUCGUCGACCUCUUCAUAUUCUCUCUUCACCCCCGCAUCACCACUCGGUCAUGACGUCUACCACGACAACGUCGAGAUGGAGGACCUCGAGUACGAUGACGACGAAGAGUACGACUCGGACUACGCAGACGACUUUGACGUAGAAUAUUCUCCUCACAGUCCCCCUCACGUCAUAAACACCGAGUCGUCACUUGCAGGCGCAUUGGGCAGCUACCCACGGCCAGCCAGCGCAGAGCGCGACCGCCACUUUUCGCAACCUGUCUCGGAUCGCAGAAUGUCCGCGUCCGCCCCAGGUCACGCGCACGCGUCAGACGCGUCCUACUACUCCGCGCCACCCCAAAAUUCUAGCAAAUCGCCAGCUUCCUAUUCACCCCAGCAUUAUCAUCAUCAGCAGCAUACCUACAACUCCCAUCCUAGUCCUAAUGCGCACUAUUCGCCUCCAUACUCGUCUGCGCACGCACACCAACCACCCGCGCCGCAUUACCCUUAUAAUCCACCCAUGUCCGCCUCCUCGUCCUCGCUCGCCGGCGCAGUCGCAGAGCCCCCGCCCAAGCGCCAGAUCCUCCAGCCGCAGCCCGUCCGCCCGAUCCCCCCUAUCCCGAUACACGCUAUCGCCGCGUCCGCGGAGCGACCGUUCUGCGACGCGCAGCAGCACCAACAGCGGCAGCAGCAGGAACCCCAGCCGGCGACGCGUCGGCCCUCGCAGGGCCUCUCGCCGUUGUCCUUGCUGUGCCAGCCGCUGUCGAACGCGGUUUUGAACCAGCUGAACGUGGAGGCUGAGCAGCAACAGCAGCAGCACGCGUCGUCGCACCAGCCAGCCGAUGACAGACACCCAUACGACGACGUGUGUGCCUGUGGGUGCGGUGACGCUAGCGCCGGAUGGCAUUAGCACCUAGUCGCUCGGCUCACCUCGUCUGGCCGCGGCUGGCCCAUCUAUUCAUCCGCAUCUGCACCAAUCGCACCGAGUCCAUGUCCAUACGUAUACGCUCCGCCACGCCUCCCUCAUGAUGAUCAUCCCCCAUUACAAUCCAUCCGUCCCUGAGAGGCCGACGGCCCUAUGCAGCGCCAUUACAGUACAGUAAUAGUUUUAGCCGGACAAUCACGCAAUCAUACAUUGUCUAGUUGUACACAUAGCAUCCUAA